AGAAGUCUAUACAUACAAUCAACAGGUUGCUAGUAACUCACGUUUGAAGAAAGCAAGAGAGAGAUACAUAUAUAUAUAUAUAUAUGUAUGUAUAGCUGCUAUUAAAAUUAAAGAUCUUGUUCUUUGAAGGCAAGCAAAGUCGAUCGCAUGUAGAAAAGUGCAUCUAAAGUACCCAGCAAAAGCUACUUCCGUAGAAACUUCUUUCUCUUCGACUUAAUCCGUGACGAACGGAUACGACGAAAAUAUGUAGCCCGAUGUCACACGAUAGACAGUACAGUUUUGACUUGGACAGAUUUACUUGGAAAUCCCGCUCAGCGUGCGGCAACAUCUUACUUGAAACAGACGCGAGAUGGCACGAUCUAUUGUUGAUUGGGAUCAAAAUGGCGGCCAAUAAUGGGCAGCAGUGCGGGACGACAUUGUGCACGGUGUGCACGGACGUCGCGGCUAACAGGGUCGUCGGGGAACGUCACUGUAGACGAUAAAUGAGCUCGCGCGAGAACGCCGAGCCACCGCGACGCGCGCCAAGCGGUGCCCGGAAUGCAUGCUUCCUGCUGUCGCACGCUCGGAUCAUGUGAGCGCGACUGGCCGUCCGGUGGUGCUGCUGCUGGUGCCGCCCGCGUAUCGCUUGUCACGCGUUUGCCGCAUAUCUCGUGUAGCCAUAUUUACUGUAUUAUUCGCCGAGACGUCAUCGUGUUUGAUAGUCCGGCGAGCGUCGUAUCGUUUCGCGGUGCGCGGCCUGCCGUAUGGCUGCGCGCUAUACCUGAAGAGGAUCGCGUCGUCGUCGUCGUCAUUGUCGUCGUGGUUGUCGUCGCCGUCGUCGCCGUCGCCGUCAUCGUCGUCGUGCCGAGAGGAUCGCUUCCGCGCCAAGUAUGCAGCGCGUAUUUCCUGCCGCCUCGUCGACGUCGGCGAUUGUCACUGCCGCUGAUCGUAGCUAAACGCUACAACGGUGUCACGAUCGCGCUUACGGCCGUGUCACGUCAGAAGACGCGUCAUCUACGAGUAAUCCUGGGUCUUGCAAACACGUGCGUUCGUUCGUCAUUACGCGGUCGAACGCCUGAUCCUGCGGUGUUCCAGAGACGCUUGAUUAAUCAAAGCACGCUGUUGUCUCCAGUUGCAGCGUGCAUCGUUACAUUGUUGUGCCUCGUCCUGGAUCCUGUGUGAAAGAAGAUAAUGGAGAGUUUCCUUUGCCAAGUCGCUAAGCCUGACUGUUGGACAAAUUUAUUAGGAUUGUGCACUCACUUGGAAAAUGUUUUCUAGAAGAAAAGUAUAAUUUGUUACAAAAAGUGUAAACAGACAAAGGUAAAAAGGAGUUAUGUGAUAAGAAGUUAUGUUAUGAGUGUCUUAGGAUACGUCUUUGACAUUGUUAGACAGGAGAGUCCACUACACGUGCACCAAGCAAGGCACUGUAGUGCCAAGCUUGGGUAAUGGAUCCCGUUGGUCCAUGGUACACGUAUAAUCGUCUUACUGCGAGCAGUGCUACAUUUCAAACUACGACAACGCCAACUACGAGUAGUGACUUUGUAUCUCAUCAUUUAGCAACGGCUGCCACACAGGCGGUUCCAUCAACAACGACGUCGCAAUUACUUUUACAAGCAGCCCACACAACAGCAACUCUGGCGGGUCAACCAUCCCCUUUUAACCCGGGGGGGUUCCUAUCUCCACCCCCUGUGGGUUACGAUGUCUUUUCCCCCUUAUUUCAUCAUCCUAAUACCAAACAGGCGCAUUAUGUCAGUCAACAUAGGCAAGCCCUCGCUCAAGCGCAAGCGGUAUCGGUGACGAAACAAAACGCCACGACGGAUUCCGAUAUUCCUGUAUUGAGGGAGAACUAUAGCACGACGCAUCAGCCUACAUUUUUCGAGCAGCAAGGCGCAUCAACGUCGCCCACCACGGCAUCCACACUAGCUUGGACGCAUCAGAAUAAUAUGCAGCUUCCUAGCCCGUUUGGUAUUCUACCGCACGAAAGUGUUGUCCCGUCGUCGCCAGGCCCGCCCUCCACGAAACCUAACAGUGGCUACGAGAACACCUUUAACGCUCAUUUCAAUACGGCGCAGACCAUAAACAGCAUUAACGCGUCCCAAUUAACCAGUCCGUCUGCGUGCAACGCAGACUUUAAGCAGGCAUCCGCCUGUCCGACCGACGCGAAAAAGUCAGUCAGCGUGAGAUCUCAGUCGCCUACCGUCAGCGUAAAAUCUACAGUGCCCACAAGCCAAGUUUCGCAGGCCAGCAGCAGUCAAACAUUCUUCCAGCAAGUUCCGACGACGACUUUCAGUUCCGACAGCUUGACGAAUAGCUACCCGGGCAAUGGAAACCAAUCCACCGGCAAUGGGAAGGUACAAUCGUUGCAGCAUCAACAAUCCUGCAUCGUAUCCACGCCGAACAACGCCUCGGGUAAAGAAUACAGAAUUCCGCAACCACCUUCAAGAUCGACCGCGUCGACAACCAUUUUUCUGAGCACCUCCGUACGAUCGGGCACAACGCAGGGGAUUCAGGACAAGCAGGGGACGCGCAAUAAUAAUUUCGCAUCGCCGCCUAACAAAGCAGCCGCUACCACCACUCAACAAAACAUACAGACCAAGGCGCAGACGAAGAUUUAUCCAGAAUUGGGCAAUCAUGGAAUCGAGCACCGGAGAAACGAGCAGCAGGGACAUGAUAACAGUCAGUCAUCUCCGAUUAGCUUCUCCAUUAUGGAUAAUCGCGGCUUAAAUUACGCCGCGAAUAAUGCCGCAAAUUGCAACGCCACUGGUAAGCUUACGAACAACCAGAGAACCUCGUCCAACGGCAAUCUACAGUCGCAUCCGCAGCAGCAGCAACAACAGCAGCAGACAUUUCACGUUUUAAAUCAGCAGCAACAGCAGCAGCAACAACAGCAACAGCAACAAGCUACGCCUUACAGACAUUAUCUGACGGGAUCGACGAAUGACACGGAGUAUCAUCAUCCGGGCAGAUCGAAAUCUGCAACCUCGACGGAUUCGGCUUACUCUUCAAACACUUCAACGCAGAAUGGGCCCGACUGCAGCGUCGUUGUUCCACGGCGACCGAGUCCCUUGCAAGCUCAUUCGCAGGCCAGUCCUUUGGGUCACGUUCCGAGUCCGGCGUAUCCAAUGUACAACAGCCCAAUGGCGACCAUGUCAUCGCCAUCGCCGUUGCAGCAACACGCUGAGAACAGCGGCAAUCAGUGUGCCAACGCCGCGGCGUAUAAAGGUGGAGUACAACAGCAGGUCGCUCCACCGUCCCCUCUGGACGUGACCGUUCCCAGACCAGCGUCGCAGGGGCAAGUCGCCUACUCGUCAGUGAUCACACGUGCACUAGGCACCACGGUAGAGAACAGCAAGGCCGCUUACAACGCGGAGAGUAAAACGUUCGACGGUAGGCAACAACAGGACUUUUCGCAGACGCAGAAGCAACAAGUCUGUUGGGAGAACGAUAAUCGGGCGCAGACGAAUAACGGCAACCGAAAAUUCUCCGUCGCCGUGUACACCAGCGCGAACGCCGCCGGCGACAUGAACGUGCAGAACUUGCCGGUACAGCAGCAAGUACAAAGGCUGACGAACGUAUCGGACAGACAGCAAUCGUAUUUCGAAACCAAUCAAGUGGCAUUACAGGAUCUCAGCAGUUGCAGGGGAGAUCCGAUGAGCAUCGUAAAGAAUCUGCAGACGUUACAAAGUCCCUGUCAAGUGCAACAGCACGCGACAGCCGCUACUCCGACCGGUACAGCUGAACAGCAAAAACAAGCCGAGGAGCGACGAAAAGUCGAUAACGCUAACAAGAAGAGAAAGAGUCUGGAAAAGGGCACGUCAUUGUCGAACGAGCUUGCUGGCACUACUACGACGAUGACGGAGUACCUCAGUAGGAUACCUCCGCCAGCGCAUCACAAUGCGAAUCAGCAGCAACAGAAUGGUUACUUCGACUUUGAACGGUGGAACUUACCACCUCCGCCUACCAAGAUGUUUCCCGCUGCAUCUGGCGCCUUUGGUUCUCAAUCGUCCUUGCAUCAUUCGAGUAACUUCGUGGGCAACCCAGCUCAUCAACAUCAGUCGUUGAUGGUGUCGCAUCAUCACGCACCACCGCCCAUUUCGUACUUUCCGGCUUUCCAUAUUCCCGCGGGUCAUCAUCCUCAUCAUCCACACGAGUUUCAGUCCUCGGUCGAGAUAACGCCGAUAGGGUUCGGCGAAAAUACUGCGAAUCAGAACGCCAACUACAAUCAAGAAGUCAGAGAUGAUCAGCCUAAAGUAAUCGUUCCUAAUAUCGAGGAAGAACUGGGUUUCCUUCAACAGGAUCAGCAACUAAUGCCCAGUGUGAAUCAAAUGAAUAAAGACUUCAAACGACCGAAUAGGGAUCCUAACACAGGAUUUAUGACGAGUUAUUUAAAAUUUCUGCAAGGCGAGAGGGAUCCUUCUCCGCCGCCUACUAUACGUGGCGGUAGAAAGGCGACGUGGAACAGAUCGAAACCGUACAUACCCGUUGAGACGAGUAAACCCGCGGAGGUUUCGACUAACGGUGAAAUUGUUAGACCCCAAGAGAAACCAGCGCCGGUCAAGGAAACGCCGGUUAAGGAAGCGCCAGUAAUAGAUUACACUAAUGAUCCUAGGUACUUUCCGCUGCCGAAAGAAAGGAAGAAGCCGAACUUCGAUUCGAGUGACGAUGGAUUUACCAGUGACGAUGACUUUUUAUUUUCCCCUAAGAAAGCUGAGAAGAAAGUGCAAAAUGCAAGUAACACGAGUAAUACGGAAGUUGUUACUGUUAAGCCAGAGGGGAAAGGAAGAAAGGGUCGACCUAUUAAACCUGGUGGACCCACGGACAGAAAAAGAAGAGCCGCUGCAGCGGCAGCGGCGGCGGCGGCAGCAACGGCAGCAGCAGAAACAGAGAAAAAAUCUUCGAAGAAAGUUGAAGAAGUGGAUCCUUUACUGCUUCCUCCGAGACGUGAGACGUCGCGAAGAAAGGCAAAGGAAAAGACUUCGGUGAAGCAAUUUUUGGACCGACAACAGGGUAUAGACUAUUUUGAUAAUGACGAAGAACAGGCCGAUUCCGACUCUGAUCCAGCAUGGACGCCUGCUGUGAAAUUGGUAGGAGACGAAGAAGAGAAACGGAAGAAACGUGCGAGACCCGUCAUCACUAAAAAGAUUCGAAAAAUCUUGGAAGAGGACGGAUACUCGUCCGGGGAGGCUGUCAUCACGAAAAAGUCAAUGAGGAAAAAACAUGAGGUGUCUUUGAAGAACAACAGUUCUGGCAAGCUUUCCUGCAAAAUUGACGAAAAGCUAGUAGCUGCAGUGAGCGACGAGGACAUCGAUAUUUCGCCGUUUAAGCAUUCCGCAGGAAACUCAGAAGACGCGUCCGGUGAGUUUGUCGUGAUCAAGACAGACCUAGAUGAAGAAUAUCCUCCUCUCUGGAGGAUAGAUGGCAAAACUUUACUUCAGAAAUAUGAGCCGUUUAAGUCCAAUGGAAGAACUUUAUACAGAAACAUAUCUACGUAUUCUGCAUGGGUUUCGCAAAAUCGCCACAUAUAUCAACAAGUGCCAGUGAAAUUCUGGCAACAGGGUAAGGUGGAAACUAUCGUGGAGUUCUUGAGGGAUGAGAUGGUCAUCGAUGACAGAGAGAGUAUCGACAAGUCUAUGAAAGACACCGGGAAGUAUCAAGAUAAUUUUGAAGUAUAUAUACAAACAUUGAUCUCGCAAGCUUUGGAUUCCAAUUUUCUCACAGAGAUAUUUCAAGAGCAAGACGAUUAUUUUUUAUCGAACGUUAAGACUGUCGACGAGGUGACGGAGGAGAGGAAACGUCGCCUCCUGUCCACGACUAAGUGGAAGCCGAAUAUCGUGACGGCGAUAUCAACGUGGCCGUGCGUUAACGUGCUCAAGGACUUACCGCCGUCGGAAUAUAAAGGAAAAUCUUGCGCCGGUUGUCAGCAAGCUAAGAUCUACGCUAGAAUUCUUCUUUACGGACAGCCAUAUAACGGUACUACGCUGGAAGGCUCGCCACCCGAUCCAAGAAUACCUCAUGAGAAAGAUUUUUUGUUCUGCCGCAUUUGCCAAACGAAGAUAGCCUUGUACAAUAAAGUCGCUCAUCAAAAGUAUCUAAUGUUUUUGGAGUGCGCGAGAAGGGUGGCAGAGAAGAAGGUAGCUGAUCCGCACAAGGACACUACGAUAAUAUUAAAUGAAUUAUUAGCAGACGAAGCAUGGUUGAAUCAACUUUUCAAGGAAGUGAGGAGUAUCUGGGCCGAGAUCGACAGUACGGAGCAGCAAGCCAGGGUGAAGACGAAAUCGAAAGCAGCGCUGUCAUCAUCGGGGAAGCAACAUCAGAAAGCAGAGGCAACAGUCGCGUCUGCUCCUACUACCGUACUUACGUCUAGAGGGACUGCUAAUACUUCUGAUUCACAGACUAAGACUGCUACGGGUCCAGUGAUACAAUGCACCCAACCGAUGCACGAACGUUCAUUACGCCAACAUCGAUCAAACCAAACUACCAAUCAAACGGAUGUUUCACUGUGUAAUAGCGGUGAGAAAUCUUAGCUGUAAAGAUUAUAUAUGGCGACAAAUGAUCGAAUUAAAAAGCGUGAUUGAGGGACUAUAAUUACAGCGAUAAGUCAUAGUAUACAUAUUAGGCAUAGAAAUGGGACAUACACGCGUGCGUGAUGACGACACACACGCAUUAACAUACGCGCGCGAGCACUCGCGCUACAUACCGAGUACAUGUACCAUAUUCACGUUGGAUAUAGUUUAGCUCUAGCCGAGAUUUUGCCAUUACAGUAGCAUAAUGAUAACAUAAUAAUAAUAAUGGAAACUGAUAUUCAUGUGAAUAUAGGCAUCUAGUUUAGUCUUUGUAUUAUCGUGAUAAUCUUACGUAAUAUAAGAGCAGAGAGAUCCGAUAUAAAUAAAUAAAUAAAUAUAUAUAUAUAUAUACACAUGAUGAGAUCUGAAACAUACGUUGAGAUGUUAUGGUGAUAUGUAUUCUAACGCAUCAUCACUUUCUGUAUAUUUGCAUCCUUACAUUUGCAUCAUGUUUUAUUUGCAAAAUUACAAUUUGCAUAGCACGUAUAAAAAGCCUUGCAUUAUUUUUCUGAAUAUUUAACGCGAAAGUAUAAAAAUCAUGCACAUACGUACGUACACGUUGCGCGCAGCGCGUUAAAUUAUUAAAAAUUUGUAAAUUUUUAAUAAUUGAGUACGAUUUGUGAUUGUUCCCUAAAUUUGGUCUUGUAUACACGUACACAACUGAUAUGAACAAGUAUUAGUCGCCAUAAAAUUAAAAAAUCUACGCUUUCAUUUUUAAACAAGGCCCUAUGAUAAAUGCAAUAAUUUUUAAAUAUUUGUAUUAAUUAUAAAAUUUAAUAUAUUUAUACAUGCAUAUAAAACAUUGCUGCAUACAUGAAUUUUGUUUUUUGUGUGUGUGGAAGGUAUGUUUCUAUUGUGUCACACAUUUCACACAAUGAGUACAUGCAUUCAAUAAGUGCUUUUCUAAAAUGCAAUAUAAUAAUUUACAUGUACAAAUAUUCUUCCAUAUUUAUAUAUUAGGACGAGUUGCGUAUAAAUGGAGUUUGAACAUAUCGCAAAGGGCUUUUUAAAAGAAAAUUCUCGUUCCAAUAUUUUCUUUACACUUCCAUUAUUACUGCGAAUGUGCAUAUAAAGCUAAAGGCUUUUUCUAACGUGACAUUUAUCGCAAAUUUGUACAAUAUAUACAUCAAGCUAUAUUUUAUCGAUUCUACGUUUCUGUGAAAUCGAAAUUAUAUUUGUUUCUGUGAAAUCGAAAAAAAGAAAUAAAAAUACAUCGAAAUAAUAAUGUUUUAGUAAACAAAACGGGCAAAGGAUAUAUACUCGCUCGCUUUAGAAAAUUACAAUUAUUUUUAUGUCUCUACUGUAUACAAUACUACAUACCGUUUAUAGAAUCUUUACAGAAAUCGAAACUUGAUGACGAUUCAAUUAGGACAAAGAGAAAAUGUUACACAGUUGCAUUGCAGUUAAAAUAAUAAUUUAUGUUAUAUAUUAAGUUGGCCUCUUACGAAUACUUUCCAAUAACCGAUAAGUAUCUUACGAUAGCGUGAUAUCCGAUAGCGUGAUUAAUAAGUUCGCUGUACAUUAAAUAUCGUUACAUAUUUUAGAUAACACACUGUGCUUACUAUAAAAUAUUAUUAAAAAUUAAUGAUUAUUAUUUUAUUAUAUCGAUAUCUGAUUGUUUAAAUGUGUAAUUGUUUAAGUUUUUAAUUUGUUUCCAGAUUUAUUAGAGAAAAGAAUAUUCUCUAAAGAGCAGAAUAGUGAUAUGCAUGUGUGGCGCGAAUGUAUUUUUCGAAGAUGAUGUAUCAAAUUAUAUUUGUAAAUUGUAAAGAUAUAAUAUAGCGAACGGGAAGACGAGAAUGUAAACGGCUGCCGUGUUGUCAGCCGGGGACACGAUAACUUUUCAGGCUUUUUCGACAGGGGCAAUUUCGAGUCGAAAUUUAUAUGGUAAAUAAUUAUUCCGGUGAGACGAGAUCGGGAUUGUAUAAUAAAUUAUCCAGUGGUUUAUACUGACGCGAGAACUAAAAUGCGGGCAUUUGGACAUUGACGCAUAAUAAUUAACAAAACAUAAAGGAAAGUACGCAGCUAUGGAAGGCUUUCUUUUCAGCGAAUGUGCCAUGCAAUAGUUCAUAUCAAAUGUAAUUUGUAUCGCGUGCGACAAUUCAACCCGCAACCGUAAAUCGAUUGCGAAUUGAUCAAUCGAAAUCUCUUCCACUUGAGGUUGCAUUAUCGCACGCGGUGCUCGCUUAAUAUGUGCGAUAAAUAUUUACACAAGAUUAUUGCCAAUAUUAUAAAACCAGACUAUUAUAUGUUAUACUUAUGUUUUCUUCUUUUCAUCAUCUCUCCGCGAGAGCGUAAUUCUUUCUCAUUUGAUUGUAAAUUAGCGCUUCUCACAUAUUCAUGCGAAUCGAUUACGAAGGAUUAUUAAUAGUAAUGAGAUGACGUUACAGUAUUUUGUUAUCGCGCGCUCGACAAAUAUAAAAGAUAUGAUCAAAAUAUAGAUAUUAUAUUAUAACAAAACAUUACUCGCAUAAUUUAUGUUUUUAUUAACCAUUUUUCAAUAAAACUUGAGAAACUUGUAAAUUUGUGUGUUGAGGCGAAUGUCAUGCUUUCAUUUCUUGCGAUAACUGGAAUGAUGUGAGCACAACGGAUGCAAGUAUCGUUAAUUAUUAUAUAUAAUGCUGAACUUUUAAAUUGCGCAAGAUUCCUGUGUGACCAAGAUUAUUAAUUGUAUCUCCCUCUUUUCUUCGUUUAUUAUCUAAAUUGUUUUAAAUUAUAUAUUAUUUUAUGCACGCAUUAGUAAUCUAUAAAAAUGUAUUUUUCAAAGAUAGUUUUAUAAGAACUUGACAAACACGUUAACAGAGGCAAUUCUUUACUAUAUUUAUAAAAUAUCAAAAUUGACGAGAUAAUAUAUUAGAAAUACUUGGCCUUAUAAUAGACUUUAAAUAACUUGAAAAGUUCUUUACGUGCUAAUACUUUGAAAAUAUUAUCAGAAUAUGAAAUAAUAAUAACUAUAAAAAAG